UCUGCACAGCUGUCGGUUGGGAGACGAUGAUGAUUUUGACGCGACAACCGGGACAAACUAUCUCUCUGAGCAUGUUACUUUUUGUUAUCAGUGGAACAUGGGGAUAUCGCUCUGGAAUUGAAAUGAUUAAUGUGACAUUCUGUGGAAAGUACGAUAAGCCUCCAACGUUAAAAGUUUCUCCAUGGCCUUUCAUUCCUGCUGGAACCCAUUUUAAUUUUAAUGUAACACUUACACCUGCGGUAGAUGUUCUCGAAAUAUUCUGGCAAUACGAACUUAUCUCAGACGGCAAGGUGAUUUUCAAGAAAAUGGACGACAUUGUAUGCGAUGAGGACCCAAUCUAUUGCAGUUUACCUGCUGGUGAAACCAAAGUGUGGGUUCAAUCUGGACAGUUGCCGGCCAUUCCUCCAGGUUUUAAGAAUCGAAUCUACAAGGCGAAAUUUCAACUUUUUAAUGAAGAGGAUAUCAUGUUUCUCUGUGGUGAGAUUGUAGCCAAAGUGAGGUAAGAGACGAACAGGACAAGCGGGAGCCAAGACUCAAGGGAAGCAUGAAGGAAAAAAUAGGCAUGAAAAGACAUGCAAAGAGUGGUCUUGCAACCAAUGAUUCUGUAAACAAAGUUUUAAAAUCUAACAAAAAUAAUUAAAGAUAACUCUAGUAACUUUGAAUAAAUACAUAGAUUACGUUUUUGUGGCGAGGGAAUCAGCUCAUUUGUGAAAUAGCCUGAUAUUUAAAACCGACGUAGAGAACGGGGAACAAUAAGAGGACGGAUCAGUUAGCGUGAAAAACUAUAUACUGCAGCAAGAAUUACUUAGAUUUUAAUGAGAACGAUUGUGCAAGGGAGCAAGCGGAGCAGGUGAGAGCCUUUGAACUCUUCCCUACACACAGCGCUUCCAUGAAACUCAUUAGUUAAAACAAAGAGUUUGGUAAAAAUGAGAUAGGACUGAUCUGUUUGUUUUAGUAAUCUGUUCUUGUGAGUCGCUUGGUGUAUUCAAGACCAGGCCAUUGUUCAAAAAACUUCUUGAAAUAUCAAUUAUGACAGCGCAGUUCAUUGCAUACGAGCAAAACUCAUAACCAAAGGAUGCUUAUUGUCGCUCUCUAUGGUUUUAAUUAUC